AUGUCACUAAGAGCAGUCCCAGGAUAUUUUUCUGCAUAUCCAAAUGAAGCUUUCCAAGGAUUAGACUCCACGAAGAAUGAUCAUUUACAAUUGAUCAACCAUAAAAAUUGGAAGGAAUUAUACGAUGCUAUUCCCAAAGAUACUAGAAGUUGUCAUUACAAGCUGUUGAUUUUAGCUAGGCAUGGUCAGGGAUAUCACAAUGCUGCUAUACUAAGGUACGGGAUGGAGGAAUGGGAUGCAUAUUGGUCAUUGCUUUCAGGUGAUGAACAUGGAGAAUGGCUUGACUCUAGAUUGACACCUCUAGGAAAAGAUCAAGUCAGAAGAACAGGUUCAAAUGUCCUGCUACCGAUGAUAAAGCAGCUAGGUAUGCUACCCCAUGUUUUCUUCAGUUCUCCAAUGAGAAGGUGUCUUGAAACAUUCAUUGAAUCCUGGACACCAGUAUUGGCUGAGGUGCCAAAAGAAUCAUUUGGAAGUGAAGUUUCUACACGCAUUAUAGAAAGCCUUAGAGAAACCUUGGGAUCCCACACAUGUGAUAAAAGAGUAUCCCACUCAAUGACAGUAAACGAAUAUCAAAAUUUCCGCACAAAAUCAGGCCACACUGUACGCUGGCAAUACAUGCCAGACUAUCCGGAAGAAGAUGAAUUGUGGUUAGUGGACCACCGAGAGACGUGUGCAGAAUUAGACAAACGUACACAGGAUGGGCUAUCCGACCUUUUCAGCCAACUUUCACGCGAAGAAAAAUUCAUCUCCCUCACUUGUCAUUCAGGUGUCAUUCAAAGCGUUUUAAGAAACUUACAGCAUCCUCCAGUUUACAACUUGGAGACAGGUAAAGUUGUCGGUGUCAUCGUAGAAGUGCCAGUCAACACUAUCAGUCAAGACAGGCUUUGA